GUUCCCUCUGUGUUGUGAUAUGCCAACACAAUACUUGACUCAUUUGGGUGACCUGCGGUUUUGUCUUGUCCAGAGUGGCUUCAAUUACGAUGUCAUGGAUCGGCAAUCUCUUUAUAUCACCACAUUCCGAAUUGAGGAAGGAAACAUUAUCAAGGUUUUAGAUUCAACCAGUCGUUAUAUGGAUACUGCGGGCUCUUUUUUCAGUGUUGCCUUCUGCUUCCCAGUAGAAUGUGAAGAUAUUGGACGUAAUGAUGAUAAUACCACCCCAAUGAACCAGCUGAACCAAGAAGAAGAAACUACGGGCAAUCAUGUUGGAGGCACAGACCGGGGCACGGACAGCGGCUCCAAUGGUUUGAAUGAGCUAUCAACAAGUCAAUCCCGGAAGGUGUGGAGCUCGUGGGCCAUGAAUAAGGCGAAGGUCGUCACUCUCUAUGGAUUCAUUCCUCUUGUCAUCAUUAUGGGAAUGAAGUUUUCCAAGCCUGGACUUUCUCAGCUUCUCAGCCGUGAUUAAAUCCUUCAAUCCAAUAUGGCGUUGUGAGA